AUGGAUGUGUUGUACUUCUUGAAGUGUUCUAGGAUAACUGAUUCCACAUGUCCUUUAUUCCAUGCAGCAAUAUUGGCAGAUGAGAUGGGUCUUGGUAAGACCAUUCAGGCUAUAACAUAUCUAACCUUGCUGACCCACUUGGAGGAUGAUCCGGGGCCCCAUUUAAUCGUAUGCCCUGCUUCUGUUUUGGAAAACUGGGAAAGAGAGCUGAAAAAAUGGUGCCCAUCAUUCACAGUGCUCCAAUAUCAUGGAGCUGGGCGUUCUACUUAUUCAAAAGAGUUGAGCUCUUUGGCUAAGUCUGGAUUGCCCCCUCCAUUUAAUGUCAUUCUUGCUUGUUACUCGCUUUUUGAAAGACACAGUGGGCAGCAGAAAGAUGACCGGAAAAUUUUGAAAAGUUGGCGAUGGAGUUGUGUACUGAUGGAUGAGGCCCAUGCUUUGAAGGAUAAAACCAGCUAUCGGUGGAAGAAUCUGAUGUCUGUCGCACGAAAUGCAAGGCAGCGCCUGAUGCUUACAGGGACACCGCUACAAAAUGACUUACAUACUUACCUGAGGAUUGAGUCUAUCUUCAAGCUCGAAGAUGCCCGACUUUCUCCUUUGGCUACAUCUACCAUUAUCUUUUUCUAUGGAGGAUAUUUUCCUUCUUCUUCAUCAAUCAUAGGCUGCCUUGAACUUUGGUCAUUGUUGGAGUUUAUGAUGCCUGAUCUCUUUGAAACGGGAGAUGUCGACCUGAAAAAGCUGUUAAAUACUGAAGAUAGGAAUUUGAUUGCUCGAAUGAAGUCCAUGAUGGGACCUUUUAUUUUGAGGCGUUUAAAAUCAGAUGUAAUGCAGCAACUAGUUCCAAAGAUACAGAGGGUUGAGUAUGUGCAUAUGGAAAAGCAACAAGAAGAUGCUUAUAAAGAAGCAAUUGAGGAGUAUCGUGCAGCUUCACGAGCACGUAUUGGGGAAUUCUCCAAUAGUAUUGUUCUUCCUCGACGUCAGAUUUCCAAUUUCUUUGUUCAGUUCCGUAAGAUUGCGAAUCAUCCUUUAUUGGUGAGGCGUAUUUACACUGAUGAGGAUGUCACUCGUUUUGCUAAAAUGUUGCAUCCAAAAGGGGUUUUUGGCUUUGAAUGUACGAAGGACAGAGUAAUAGAUGAGCUUAAAACUUACAAUGAUUUCUCUAUUCACCGGCUUUUACUUUAUUAUGGUGACACUGAUACAAAGGAAACUCUUUUGGAGGAACAUGUUAUGGUCUCAGCAAAAUGUCGGGCAUUAGCCAAACUUCUACCUAUACUACACCGAGGUGGGCAUCGGGUUCUUAUUUUUAGCCAAUGGACGUCAAUGCUCGAUAUAUUGGAGUGGACUUUGGAUGUAAUUGGGGUUACUUACAGGCGCCUUGAUGGAAGUACUCAGGUGACGGAAAGACAGACAAUCGUAGAUACAUUCAAUAAUGACAAUUCCAUAUUUGCAUGCUUGCUGUCCACGAGAGCUGGAGGGCAGGGUUUGAAUCUGACUGGAGCUGAUACUGUUAUCAUUCAUGACAUGGAUUUCAACCCACAGAUUGACAGGCAGGCUGAAGAUCGCUGUCAUCGCAUUGGCCAAACAAAACCUGUUACGAUAUACAGGUUGGUGACGAAGGAUACAGUGGAUGAGAAUGUUUAUGAGAUUGCGAAAAGGAAGCUAGUAUUGGAUGCUGCUGUUCUUGAGUCUGGCUUGGAAGUAAACCAUGAAGGUGACGUGCCUGAUAAGACUAUGGGAGAGAUAUUAUCAACAUUGUUGCUUGGAUAA